GCGGUUGGACUAGCGUGGAGAACGGCCGGCCUGAUGGAUGCGGACAGUCUCUUGUUGUCGCUGGAGUUGGCGUCUGGCAGUGGGCAGGGGCUCAGCCCGGACCGUCGAGCUUCCCUGCUCACGUCCCUUAUGCUGGUUAAGCGCGAUUACCGCUUUGCUCGGGUCCUUUUCUGGGGCCGAAUCCUCGGCCUUGUUGCGGAUUACUAUAUCGCACAGGGGCUGAGUGAGGACCAGCUCGCACCUCGCAAGACGCUCUACAGCCUGAACUGCACAGAGUGGAGCCUCUUGCCCCCUGCCACAGAGGAGAUGGCAACGCAGACGGCGGUGGUGAGUGGCCGCUUCAUGGGUGAUCCCUCACACGAGUAUGAGCACACCGAGCUCCAGAAGGUGACCGAGGCGGAGAAGGUCUUUGAUGAAGAAGUGGUGGUUCAAAUCAAGGAAGAGACCCGGUUGGUGUCAAUCAUUGACCAGAUUGACAAAGCUGUCGCCAUCAUCCCCCGAGGGGCCCUCUUCAAGACUCCCUUCGGGGUCACCCAUGUCAACCGGACCUUUGAAGGUCUGCCCUUGUCUGAGAUCAAGAAGCUCAGCUCCUACUUCCACUUCAGGGAGGCUGUUGACCUGAAGAACAAGACCUUGCUCGAGAAGGCAGACUUGGACCCCUCUCUGGAUUUCAUGGAUUCCCUGGAGUAUGACAUCCCCAAAGCAGCAGCCAGGAGCACAGCAGCUUUUACAGUGGCACCUCAGCCCCAGGCCUCCACUCCCCUGUCCCCUCCAGGGUCUUGGAGUAUCCAGAUGGAGAGGGGCAACGCGCUGGUGGUGCUGCGCAGCCUGCUCUGGCCAGGCCUCACCUUCUACCAUGCUCCCCGCACCAAGAACUAUGGCUACAUUUACGUGGGCACGGGUGAGAAGAACAUGGACUUACCCUUCAUGCUAUAGGAGGGGCAGUCUGGGUAUUAAUGUGCAGUCUAAACAUUAUUUACAUAAAGUCUGACACAUUAGGCCUCUUUGUUGUCAUGGUUUUGGUCAUUCUGUUCCCCAUCCAGAGACAUGGGUCUGAAAGGCCCGCGGAGC